UUGAGCUGGGUACACUAGCAAACCCCGGUACUGUGUGUACCGGGUGGGAGCAUCGGGUCUCCCCGCGUGUCAGUCAGGCUUGCACAGCCAUCCCUGGGUGCCUGGAGGUGGGGCUCUGACUGCACAGCCCCGAGCUGACCCAGCUCGGGACAAACACAGCCAGAGUCACCAGCGUUAUUCUAGGCUCCACUACCCUGCGUUUCGAAAGCACAGAGUGUUGACACCCGUGGCCUGGCACAGUUUCGUGGGACUUCUGCCUGGCGGUUACUUCUGGAAAGCAGCUGAGCGCGACCCAGGCCACACACCAGGUAGCUUGCAAAUGAUUAGAAGAACUGAUUUAUCCUGAGAUCCACCUGGUCACUUCCUGUGAAGCCCAUUACAGUGUCUGCUGUUUGUGGAUAAGAUAGAACAGGGCCGCAGAGAAGACACCUUCCUUGGAGCCGGGAGUCGGGCUCAGGCGGGCGCUUGGGCUGCACUGGAAACAUGGGCUGUGAUCGGAACCGCGGGCUCAUCGCCGGGGCAGUGAUCGGCGCAGUGCUGGCCGUGCUGGGCGGGAUUCUCAUGCCAGUCGGAGACCUGCUGGUGCAGAAGACCAUCAAGAAGGAAGUCGUCCUUGAGGAAGGUACAAUUGCCUUUAAAAACUGGGUUAAAACAGGCACAGAAGUUUACAGACAGUUUUGGAUCUUUGAUGUGCAAAAUCCACAGGACGUGAUAGUGAAAAGCAGCAACAUAAAGGUGAAGCAGAAAGGCCCCUACACCUACAGAGUUCGCUAUCUGGCCAAGGAGAAUGUAACGCAGGACCCCGAGGACCACACGGUCUCUUUCGUGCAGCCCAACGGGGCCAUCUUUGUGCCUUCCAUGUCGGUGGGGUCAGAGAAUGACACCUUCACCGUCCUUAAUCUGGCCGUGGCAGUCGCAGCUCACAUCUACACGAAUUCCUUUGUUCAGUCAGUGCUGAAUUCUCUCAUCAAAAAGUCCAAAUCCUCCAUGUUCCAAACCAGAACCGUGAGGGAGCUGUUGUGGGGAUACAAGGACCCAUUCCUGACUCUGGUUCCGUACCCCGUCCCUACCACUGUCGGCGUGUUCUAUCCCUACAACAACACUGUAGAUGGAGUCUAUAAGGUUUUCAACGGGAAAGACAACAUAAGCAACGUGGCCAUAAUCGACACUUACAAAGGCGGAAAGAAUCUCUCCUAUUGGCAAAGCUAUUGCGACCUGAUAAAUGGCACAGAUGCAGCCUCCUUUCCACCUUUUGUUGAGAAGUCUAGAGUAUUGCAGUUCUUCUCCUCUGACAUUUGCAGGUCAAUCUAUGCUAUAUUUGGAUCUGAAGUUGACCUGAAAGGAAUCCCUGUGUACAGAUUUAUUCUUCCAGCCAAGGCCUUUGCAUCUCCAGUUGAAAAUCCAGACAAUGAUUGUUUCUGCACAGAAAAAGUUAUCUCAAAAAACUGUACAUCAUAUGGCGUGCUGGACAUCAGCAAGUGCAAAGAAGGAAAACCUGUGUACAUUUCACUUCCUCACUUUCUACACGCAAGUCCUGAUGUUUCAGAACCCAUCGAAGGUUUAAACCCAAAUGAAGAAGAGCACAGGACAUACUUGGAUGUUGAACCUAUAACUGGAUUCACUUUACAAUUUGCAAAACGGCUGCAGGUCAACAUAUUGGUUAAGCCAGCAAAAAAAAUUGAAACAUUAAAGAGCCUGAAGAGGAAUUAUAUUGUGCCCAUUCUGUGGCUUAAUGAGACUGGUACUAUUGGCGAGGAGAAAGCAGAAAUGUUCCGAAAGCAAGUGACUGGGAAAAUAAAGCUGCUUGGCCUCAUGGAAAUUGCCUUGCUCAGUGUCGGGGCCGUGAUGUUUGUCUCCUUUAUGAUUUCCUACUGUGCGUGCAGAACGCAGGGCGUGAAAUGAGUGAAGGUGCACCGGAAGUGUAGUGGACGAGUCUACAUUUGUGUACCAGCUAUGUCAAAACCUUUGGUAACACUGAACUAUGAUAUGGAGAUUUAAUAUGCUUUAUUUUUACAAAACACACCUUUUCUUUUAGUUAAAGAAAUGGUGGUGCUCUCUCUAUAUAUAUUUUGCACUAAGCUACAGCACUUUUUAAAGGAUUAAGACGUCAUAAAAAUCCAUACUUUGGACAAAAGUGAACAUUGUUCGUAAAGUUGAGUCGCUUUCAGUUUCUAGCUUGAACCAGUCCUUUAUUUGGUCCUGAUUCGUGGAUUUGUCCUGUGGUGGUGAACUCAGCAGAGGCGUGGAUGUUCUGGACAGACCCUGGGUCUCCGAUCGCUGCUUCCCUCACUGAAGGGCAACCGCAUCACACUUGGACUGUUCCUGUUCAGUUGCUCCUGGAAGACCUCAGGCUGUCACUGCACUGUCCUACCUGAACACAGAUAAUGAGGCAUCGAAUGAUCCAAGACGGAUGAGAGGCUCUGAGCCACCAUCAUGCCCUCUGUCAGUUUCUUUGUGGACCGAACCCUUCAUACAGCAGCAGCAGACACCAUAACCAUUUUUCACUUCCUGACAAUGGCCUCGUACCUUCUGUCACUCAGGCAGAUGGACAUUGUCCUUUGUUCUUUGGCUCCUCCUAUUGUAAAGACUUUGCUGUUUCCAUGUUGUUUAGCUCUCCAGGAAGUCUGAGGAGAGUUGGGUUUCUCUACUCAGUUGCAAUUUACACCAGGCAACCUCCGAAUGCUGUUCUAAUCCAUGAGAUGUAAAAGACGACAAAGGAAUUAUUGUAUGGAGUAUUACAAUGAGUAGUGUGUGCAUAAAAUAUGCUUUUGUAACAUUUCUUGCUUCUAUAUUCACUUCAGAAGGACUGAUUUCAGCCAUUAAAAGAGUUCUUCCUAAGAGUCUGAUG